AUGGAUUUGCACUUGACUCCAGGUCUCUGCGUAAAUCCUUUUGUUUUGGUGGGCACGCAGUGCGUUCACUUACUUCCGACAUCAGUUUCUUGGAAGAAUGCACGCACCCAGUGUGGACGAGAUGGCGGAGAUCUGAUUGUUUUAGACGAUUGCGAGCAGUACCACAAGGUUUACCUCUACCUCGCCGAAGAAAGUGGCAUCGCCAACACUGGAUUUUGGAUCGGGGGCUCAGAUGAGGCCGUGGAAGGACAAUGGUACUGGAUUGAUGGUUCUCCGAUGGUCAUGGGUCUGCCAUUCUGGGGAAAUGCAGCUACUGGGAAGAACCCAACGAGCCUGGAGUGGAGAACUGCCUGGAGCUGAGUUACGUGUGGAUGUACCGCUUCAGCAACACGCUGUGCAGUAACGUGCGACGGGUGAUUUGCGAGACAGACC